AUGCAGUUGAUGGAAAACUGGAAAGCACAAGAUCGGUAUUGUUACACUGUUUCUCGCGUGGUCGCUGUUGUUGGAGGUCGAUGGGGAUACAACUUCGUCAUCACAAGACAUAGCAGCGCGUUCGUCGACCUCACGUCCUCGUGUUGCUCUUCUCCUCGUUGUGCCGCGCGUGGUGGUUCUGCCACUGUGUCGACCAUUGUGCUAGCGGAUCCUUCGCUGGACCUUGCUGGUAUACGGGCUUCGUUGAGCGCACUACAGCAGACCAUCGACCAGACCGAGGCACUGCGCGAGCUCCGCUCAGAUCAUGAGGUUCUGCGCCACGAGGGUUUGGCUACACGACGUCGCGCGGAGGACCUGGAUCAUCAGCUCGCUGACGCGGCCAAUGCCGCGUCGCCAUACGUGCUCUUUUGCCAGCGCAAGUACGAAGUGGCCCAUCACCAGCUGGAAUCUACUCGGACGGAGCUCGCCGAGGGCCUGAAUGCACUGCAGGAGCGUCUUGACAACUCCCGCGAGCUCGAAGCUUGCCGUCUUCGGUAUCCUGACUUGCAGCUCCACUACAACGUAGCGGUGUCUGAAUUACAAGAUCGGAUCUCCACCCUGGAGGAACAGGUGGCCGCUGCUUCUUUCUUCGGAGUGAUCGUGCCGCUCGAAACUGCUCACCGCAUAGCAGUCUUGGAGUCUCAGCUCGCGCAGUCCCACUCUGACUUGCAAGUCGCGCGUGAUCGCCAGUCUUCUCUCGCUUCGGAGCUUCAUGAAUCGGCUACGUCCCACAAGACUGCUCAAGCAGACGUAGAUCGCCUCGAGGCCGCGAUCGAGUGUAAGACUUGUCGCUUCCGCACCUUGCGUGACAACUAUGAGCGUCGCUUGAAGGUUGCCGACACCACGAUCGCCACACAUUCCACCGAGCUUAAUCGCUUGCAGGAUCGGGUAUCAACACUGGAUCGGGAUCUCCAGCAGGCUUCCCACCGUGUCCGCGCUGCGGUUUCUCAGCGCGAUCAGGCCAAGGCAGAGCGUAUCGGCAUCCGUGAUUACUAUCCGUACAGCUUCGUCUGCGUCGUACUAAUUCGUAUCUUGUGUCACAGAGGAUCGUGUCUCAGCGGCUCGAUUUACUAG